CACCAUCACCAACAUCAAACAAACCACACCCGACCGAACGAUCGACCGAUUGACCGGCAUAACCUACAACAGGGCCCGGGAGCCCAAGACCAACAUCACCGCCACACGAGCGAGAUACACACCCACACACCAAACCCCUGCCAACCAGACCAACACCCCGAAAGAAAAGUAAAAAAAACAAAGGAAAAAUGACGGCCCCAACAAUAAAACUCCCCGCCCCGCUCUUCGCGCGCCUCUCGCCGCACCCCUUCCUGCUGCGCAACCUGACCGCGACCGCGGCCGCGGCCGACCCUGCCCGCCCGCCCGCCGCCCGCACCAACGGCCGCGGCACCAACGAGACGCGCCCGCUGCACGCCAAGGCCUCGUCGCUCUCCCACGCCCACGGCAGCUCCCUCGUCCGCCUCGGCGACACCACCGUCCUCUGUGGUGUUCGUGCGGAGUUGUUGCCGGUGGAGAGGAUUCCGCUGUUUCGGCCGGUGGAUAGGGUGGGGGAUGGGGAGAGGGGUGGUGGUGAUGGGGGUGAUGGUGGUGAUGGUGCUGGGGAAGGGGGGAGGGCGCUGUUGGGGAGGGGCGAGUUGAGGGAUUAUGAUCUGCUCGUGCCGAAUAUUGAGCUUGCCACGGGCUCGGCGCCGCAGUUCCUCCCCGGUGUGCCGCCUACCGCGCUCGCGCAGACGCUGUCGACGAGGGUGUAUUCGCUGCUGCAUUCUACGGGGCUGGUUGGGGUGGAGGAUUUGAGGGUUUGGAGCAAGCCUGGGAGUGGGGAGGGGGGGGAUACCGAGAUGGAGGGGGCGGGGGAAGCGCAGGAGGUGCAAGAGGGUGUGGAGGAAGAGGACAGGGUGGUCGCGUACUGGGUGCUGUACAUUGACCUGCUGUUCGUGUCGUUCGACGGGAACCCGUUUGACGCGGCCUGGGCGGCGGUCGUGGCGGCGCUGAGGAACACGUCGCUGCCUGUCGCGAGGUGGGACCCCGAGCGGGAGAUGGUGGUGUGCUCAAGGACGGAAAAGAGGCAGUUGAACGUCAGGGGGCUGCCGGUGGCGUGUACUGCUGCCGUUUUUGAGGAGAAGGAGCUGGGCGAGGUGGGGACGGGCGUUGUUGAGGGCAGGCAUUGGCUGCUCCUCGAUCCGGAUAGGCUGGAGGAGACUCUCUGCCGAGAGGCGAUUACCAUGGUGGUGGAUUGCAGCGACGGGGAGACGAGGAUCAAGAGCAUCGAGAAGCAGGGCGGCACGACGAUUGGGAGGGAGCUAAUCCGCGGGUUUGCGGUGAUUGCGGAGAAGAGGUGGAAGGAGGUUCAGGGAGCCAUGAAGUGAGGAUUGUGGGUUUGAUUAAGAAAAUGGACCAAGUACAUACAGCUGAUACCCGGUGGAGGUUAUUGAUUUGGCGCGUAGUUUCGUGGCUUACAGCUCA